CCUGUUUCUUUUUUUUUUGCUUUUAGGGUUUUUUUCUGUCUUUUUGGCAUUCUCUACCCCUGCAGUCGACAGUAGCGUUUGAUUCGGAAAAACAAAUCAUCGUCUGGAGGGGGUUCGUUGCACUGGGCGGUCGCUUCUCAUAGCAAAAGCUUGUCCUGAAGAGACCCGUGGCGAGACCGCCAUCAGUUUCCACUGUGCGUUUGCGGCUCUGCUGACAUCAGACAGGAAGACACACGACGAGUGGCGGCUCAACUGAAACAGGAAACUGCUACAGCGGCGGCGUCACUUGCCUCGGAAUGACUGAAUUCUGGGUUUGUUUUAGCUGCUGUAUUGCGGAGCAGCCACAGCCUAAACGGAGGCGACGAAUCGACCGUUCCAUGAUCGGCGAGCCAACGAACUUCGUCCACACCACACACGUCGGCUCGGGUGACAUGGGGCUGGGAUUACCUUCGGUGGACCUGAUCCAGGCCCAAAUGAAAUCCAAAGGCGGCUACGUACACGGCGGCUCUGAAGGCUCACAAUUAUGAGGCCUUCAGUGUGGUGGCAACUACUACUAUUGUUUAUAGAAGGACGCAGAUCACAGUCCUUCAUGGACGCAGGACCAAAAGAUAAAGUACUGGUUUUCCAUAAUGUAUAUAUUUUUAUUUUUCAUUCCUUUUUUUUUUUUUUUUUUAUUGUUUUUACGAAAGCACUGCUAUCCAUUUGCUGCCAUGCUGUUGCACUGUAAAGAGUACCAGUUAAAUGAGUAGAGAGGAGGAAGAGGAGGCUUUAUUUAGUACGUUCAUCUCAGUCCGACGUAUGCCUGUGCGGGUGUGUGCGUGUAUGUAUGCAUGAGGAAAACUAUGUCGCUCUCGUAGCCCACAUGAAUGCCUGUAUUUAUUAUCGCAUUUGCAAACGGACCUCACGGUGGCUGGGCCACGCUGAAGACGUGGAACCUUAUGAUUCCGUUUUUUUUUUUUUUUUUCUCAGAGGUUAGAUAAAGUACAGGUGGAGGUAGCACAGCAAAAUGUUGGUAUUUGUUUUGUCUUUUUUUAUUCAGAGAAGUCUCAUGAUCCUCUGAGUCAUCUUCAGGGUUGAAGAUUGCUGUUUUCUACUAAACUUGAAUUGAGUCGCGUACACUGGACCAUAUACCAUGUACACUCACGCCUGCUUAGGAAUUACGCUUUUAAAAAAAAAAAAAAAAAAAAACAUUUAGAUUAAAUUAAUUUUUAAUAAACUAUGAACUCCCUUAUCUGUCAUGUUCUUAUUUUUUUUAAGCAGAGGCCAUAGUUGUUUCUACUAGAUUCAUAGUUUCAGAUGCAUGUUUUUGAAAUCCAGGAAAUAUCUAAAUCUGAUGAACUUGGAAGUAUCCCCACUGCACACGAGUUAGUGUGGUCAUACUCCACACGGAUGCCAGUGUUCUCUCCCUCUGUUUGGACCUACUUAAUAUCCUUUUGUUUUCUCCACCAGGGAGUUUUUUUCCAUCCCAACUAUCACAAUAAAACUACACACAGAGGGGUGGGGCAGGGGCCAAGGAAGAAAAUGUUUGUGUGGAUCCAGGAUAUUUGUUUUACAUAUUCUCUCUCUUUCUCUCUCGAGAUAGAUGGAUAGAUAUGUAUUUCUUUAAAUGACAACAUUAAAGCACAUAAGCGGGGUUGGUAUCAAUGAACCAGUACAUUUAAGUGCUGAUCCAAAUUAGGGUUGUUCAGCGUUUACUAAUAUUUGCGCUCUACUGAGUGCCAUGGUACCAUAUUUCCUCAAGUAGUGGCUGAAGGGUGUCUUAUUUACUCAACGGCAAAGAUUACUCGGUAUUUAUGUGAAUCUAUUUGUUUUACCAAGUGAUUUGUUGCCUUUUCAACCCAUGACCUAAAAUGCGGUGUGUUACAACAGAUGAUUUUUCUUGAAGUCAAAGAUGGGCAACCUUUGGCCCGCAAGUGUAUUUGAUUCAGCCUGACGUGCAAUUUUAAAGCUGCACAUGUUAAAGCUACAAGCAACGAUGACCAGUCCAAAACGAAAGUUCGAUUCAAUGUGAGUACAGGUCGUCCUGGAUCUACGGCAUAGUUCCGUUCUUAAGAAACCGACGUAACCUGAAUUUGAACGCAAUUCAAAACACCUCGCCUCACUAACUAAACAAUGUGGCCUUAGAAUAGUUGCUUUCAUUUUUGUAUUUCCAUUGCGGAUUCUCUGUGACUGUAGUACGGGGCAUCUUUGAAUCUCGUCAGGGUGGGACCUUCACAUAGCAGACAUUUUGUACAUAUUGGACCAUGUGGAGGUCUUUUAUUGUGGAUCGGCAAAAUUUGCCACAAUGAUCUGACCAAAACUCAAUGUUUUGGCAAUUUAGUGUCAGCCAUGUCUACUCUACAAAUGUAAAAUCUGGUAGCAAUUGGAUAAAAUAGCUAGUAAGAUUUCCAUCUUUGGAAGAAAUUUACCCUUAAAUGACCACUUUCAUCCCUAAUGGAAGACUUCCUGUAUCUUUUUUCAUCUGGCUUUUUGAAACUAUUUUGGUGGGUCCACUCGUGGUAGACAUGGCUGCAAAAAUCUCAAGGUUGCUAAUGCUAAGUAUCACUGGCAUUGGGGGGGGGCUGACUUUUGGAGGGGAAAAAAAAAUCAAAUGACUCUAAUGAGGCAAUAUUUGGGGUUUCACUCUGCUGCCAUGCUCCACCCACCCACAGUAACGAAUACUCCAUAUUUUGGCAAUUUGGCAUUGUCAAUGUGUCUAGUAUACGAGGAUAAAAAUAAAUAAAUUCAUCUUCAUAAAAAUCCUACAAAUGCCCAAAUUUACUCUAAAAUGGCUCAUUUUAACCAAAAUGACAUACUUCCUUUUUGUGCAUGUCUUCUUGAGACAUUUUGGGGGUUCUACUCUUGACCAGCAUGUCUACAAAAUGUCGUGUUGUUAACUGAGACUGGCUUCUGUUUUUUCUCUAUCUGAAAAUGAAGCCUUAGUCAAGGUGGAGUGAAUAAUGAACAGUUCUUAAUACUAAAUACCAGUGAGUGUUUACACAAAGCCCUCAGGCUUCUGCUGGGAUCGGGACCGAAAUAUGAAAAAUAAAUAAAUUCAGGGUACGCUAACGAGCCAAUUAUUGGGGUCUCUUCAACCACUACCAGAUGCAAAUUUCACCUGGAUGAACAGGCCUGGCAAAAAAUUAACAAUAAUGUCAAAGAAACAAAACAAUUUUAAGAGGGCCUUUGCACCAUUCUCAAAUAAAUGUGACCCUAAUCGAAAAAGGUUCCCCACCAAUAGUUUAAGUUGGCGACGCACCCAGCCAAUUUAAAAAAAAUGUUUUUAAUUGACUCAAUAUUGGAGCGGAGGCCACUGUUUGAGGAAAUAUGCUAGUUUUGUCAGGCUCAAGCUACUGAAAGCCAUGCAGCCUCAUCAUGGACCUACAAUCACAUCCAGCCUCUUAUAUUUGUCGUCGUCUUACUCCUGUACAUUUGCUUCGCAUUGAUUGUCGUAAAGUUGCUGCGGGUUCGGUUUCAUUGGCUUGGCCUUAAUGAGAGCAGCUACGGUAUGAAUGUUAACCAAUGUCCACAUUCUGUGCACCGUUGCUCCCCCAGAUCUAUUAAAUGCAUGCGCUUUUGUGUGUGUGUGUGUGUGUGUAUCACCUGUGGUUGAACACGUGUCCAUCAGAAUGUAAUUGUAUCAUAAAGCCAGCAAAAACAUGUUAGUCUGUACCAGGCAAUAUAAAAAAUAUAUAUACCAGCCAGAGUCUUUAUAUCAAUUCUAAAAGAGAUAAAAUUGUCCCCGAGUUGGUUACCCCAGGAAAAAAAAUAAUCUUAUGGUGAUGAACAUUUCCCAUGAUGCUUUGCAAACCCGUUUGUUCUUAAUUAAACGUUCAAGCUAUGUAAGCAUUUAUUCCUGUUCAAUGUUUUUCUUGUGUAAAUUGAUCUGAAUUUGUUUUUCCUCCCACUCUGCUGAAUUAGUGCAUAUAAAAAGUCUACACACCCCUGUUCAAAUGCCAGACAUUCUUAUCAUUCUUGUGACAUAAAAAGAGACCAAGAUAAAAAAAUGUUUUAAACCUUUUCCAUCAUUUAUGUGACCUAUGACCUUUACAACUCGGUUGGAGAAGAAAAACAUAUUUUUGAGAGGAAGUAAAAAUAACUAACUGAUGUGGUUACACUAGUGUGCACACCCUCUUAUAGCUUGGGAGGUAGCUGUUUAGAAUUAACCAAUCAGAUUCAAACUUAUGUUAAAUGGGAGUCAGCAUACACCUACCACCAUUUACUUGCUUGUGUUGCAACGUGACUACAAAAAUGUCAGGAAAAGCAAACUAGAAUAUCGGAACUUUAUUUGGCAUUAAUCAGAGGCACUUUAAAAGUUGAACACUCCAGUUAUAAGACGGUGUGCACACUUGUGCAAUCACAUUAUCUCAUUUAUUUUUACUUUUCUGAAAAGAUUUUUUUUUCAUUUUGCAAUUGAGUUGUGCAGGGUAGGUCACAUUAAUUGUGGUAAAUGUUUUAAUAUUUAUCUUGGUCUCGUUUUUUUAUUUUGUAUCACAAAUUUGAAUGGCGCUGUUGUAGACUGUUUCUAUCCACAGUGCAAUACAACUUGUGAACAGCAAGAUGUGCUAGAGGAUUAGUUGAAUGCCAUUUUUUAAUCCCCUUUUGAGUCAGAACUUUUAUUGUUUCAUGCUGUAAAUCAACAAUAGGAAAUAUACAUUUGUUUUAGUUACAAUAUUGUAUAAAUUUCAGGGUUAGCGCAGUGUUUUCCCCCCAACUAAGGCACUGUAUGACAUGUUCCUUCCAAAAAGAAAAAAGUCCAUCCUUUCUUUCAUUUCUGCAAUGGGAAAUAAAUGUCAUGUAUUGAUGUUUUA